GCACGCGCGCGCGUGUGUGUAGAUGCGUGUGUGCACGCGUGCAGAGCAGGCACCUUCCCCCCCCAUCCCUGAUUCUUCUAAUUUUUAGCCCUUUAUUUCCCUUCUUUCGCCUGGCACCCAUCUGAGUGCAAUGCAAAGCCAUCCAGCCGUCCUUUAGGUGCCACGAAGGUGGCAAGCACUCCCCCCCCCCAGCCCCCUCAGCUUCAGAGGUAAAGAGGGGGCAAAAAACAAAUCCAACCCAAGUGGCAGGAUGCCCCGAGCAGAGCCCCUGCCCCGGGCGGAGAGGUCCCGAAGUUGGCUGUGAGGAGCGGGGCGCGCGGCGCGAGCCGGGGCUGAGCCUCGGAGCCGCCGCGAAUCCGAAUAUUUAUGUUCGAUUUUAAAGAAUUUAAAUAAAUAAAUAAAUAUAUCCCGAGCCUCCCUCCCCUGGACAGGCGAGAAGAGAAGCCAUCUGCCAGGAGUAUUUGGUGGUUGCGAUCUCUCCUCCUUUGUUCCCGCGGAGAAAACUGGGUUUUGUAAGAAUUUGUUGGAAAGAGGAUGAUGAGGAGGAGGAUGGUGAUGGUGAUCUGUUUCUUUUUUUUCCCCUGCCGUUAGAUAUUUUGGGUGGCGUCCGGGUUCUGCCAUUUCUAUUUUUCUUUUUUAUUUUAUUUUUGCUUCUCUGGUUACUUUAUCUUUUUACCCCCUUUCCCCCCACCCCCAACCAUCAGCUGGUGCAACACAAAUGAAGAUGCAUUUGGCACCUUUCGGGGGGGAGGGGGGCGGUGUUUUUUCAUUCAGUGCUAUUUUGUAACCAGAUUUGCCUCCCCUUUAAAAAGGUGGAUACUUCCCCAAAACCUCUUUGUUAAUUGCAUUUUUUUUUUUAAAAAAAAGAAAACCCAGCCGGUUUGGAAAUUGCGUUUUCCUUUUUUCUGGUUGAUUUUUUAAAAAAACAUCUGCACCGUCUAAGGCAAUGUCUCCCACUAAUUUCGUGUCUCGUUUGCAAGAAGAGAUUUGGUUUGGAAAGGGGCUUGCGGGUGUGUGUUUGUUGCACACAUUUGAAUGUAUUGAGAAGGGCGAAACAUUUUUGGGAGAGAGGGGAGCCAGGUAGGUUCAUUCUUGCAUUGGAUCUCGUUUCCUGAUCGCCUUACUUGGAAGUAAAUAAUGAGGCAGAGGAACAGUGAACUCGGGGGUCCAAGGAGCUGCGUGCACAAUGGGUUUGGAGGGGAGGAAUGGAAGGCAAAGCUGCAUGCAAUUUCCCCCCUCCCUUCUUGUGUUUCUCUAUCUCUCCAUCCUGAGGAAGCUGGAGGAGAAAUCAGGAUGCAUACUGAACAGUGGCAGAAAAAAAUAAAGAGGCUGACCAUGUGGAAACGGCAAUCACCGAUGAGGAUGAGAGCCUGGCCAUAUCAGAGCCUGGUGGCAUCAGCAUUGCCGCAGGUGGGACAGACCCCGAUUUGUUAACCUGUGGACAGUGUCAGAUGAACUUCCCCCUGGGAGACAUCUUGGUUUUUAUAGAGCACAAGAAGAAACAGUGCAAUGGCACUGGUGGUGCCUGCUAUGAAAAGAGCCUGGAUAAGAGCAGCCCUCCCCCCUCAUCACGCUCCGAGCUCAGGAAAGUGUCAGAGCCAGUGGAAAUCGGGAUCCAAGUCACACCCGAUGAAGAAGACCGUCUUCUCACGCCUACAAAAGGAAUUUGCCCCAAGCAGGAGAACAUUGCAGGGCCGUCCAGGCCUGCAAACCUGCCGGGGGCUCCCCUAGCUGCCUCCUCCCACCCUCACACAUCAGUGAUCACGUCACCUCUCCGCGCACUGGCCUCUCUCCCGCCCUGCCUUAGCCUGCCCUGCUGUGGUGCACGUGCAGUCUCAGUUGGCGGGACUCAGACUGAGACUCAGACUGAGACUUCAGGCACAUUUGGAUGUCAUUGUCAGUUGUCAGGUAAAGAUGAGCCUUCAAGCUAUAUUUGCACAACAUGCAAGCAGCCUUUUAAUAGCGCUUGGUUCUUGCUUCAGCAUGCCCAGAACACACAUGGAUUCCGCAUCUACCUGGAAACAAGCCCUUCAAACAGUUCCCUUACUCCACGCAUCACCAUCCCUCCUCCUCUGGGACCAGAGACUGUUGCACAGUCCCCGCUGAUGAAUUUCCUUGGAGACAACAACCCUUUUAAUCUUUUAAGGAUGACAGGACCCAUCCUGCGUGAUCAUCCUGGCUUUGGUGAGGGUCGGCUCCCUAACACACCGCCACUGUUCAGCCCACCGCCUCGUCAUCAUCUGGAUCCACAUCGCCUUAGUGCCGAAGAAAUGGGGUUAGUCGCCCAGCAUCCCAGUGCCUUUGACAGAGUUAUGCGUUUAAACCCCAUGGCAAUUGAAUCCCCAGCGAUGGAUUUCUCCAGAAGGCUUCGAGAACUGGCAGGAAAUAAUUCCACUCCUCCUCCAGUCUCACCAAAUCGCACCAACCCUAUGCAUCGCUUGUUGAACCCUUUCCAGCCAAGCCCUAAAUCACCUUUUUUGAGUACCCCACCAUUACCGCCAAUGCCCCCGAGCAGCACUACGCCUCCCCAACCUCAGGCUAAGAGUAAGUCCUGUGAAUUCUGUGGAAAAACAUUCAAGUUCCAGAGUAAUCUUAUUGUACACCGACGUAGUCAUACAGGAGAGAAGCCCUACAAAUGUCAACUCUGUGACCAUGCUUGUUCCCAAGCCAGCAAGCUAAAACGUCAUAUGAAAACACAUAUGCACAAAGCUGGUUCCAUGACAGGCAGGUCAGAUGAUGGACUGUCCACCACGAGUUCUCCUGAGCCAGGCACAAGUGAGCUCACUGGAGAGGGGCUAAAAUCCAAUGAAACAGAUUUCAGGAAUGAGAGUGAUCCCUCCCUGGGCCAUGACAAUGAAGAGGAAGAGGAGGAGGAGGAGGAGGAAGAGGAGCUUGAAAAUGAGAGCAGGCCAGAGUCAAGUUUCAGCAUGGACUCAGAACUGAGUCGUAACCGAGAGAAUGGUUCCAAGUCGCUACCAGAUGAAAAAACCCUUGUCCUUGGAAAAGUUAUAGAGAAUGUAAGUCUCGGUGCCAUCCAGCAAUACAAUGACAUGCUAGCUGAAAAGCAGAAAAGGGGUAGUAGCUUCAUGAAAAGAUCUUCUGACCAGCGAGAUCUGUGUCCCCGAGACCUCUGUCAGAGAGAUACAGGCGAUGAAGACUCAGUGGCAGGAGAACUUGACCGCACUGAGGAAGGGACAGUCAAUGGAAGAAACUUUGGCCCAGGCGAGCCCUUCCCAGGCUUGUUCCCUCGCAAGCCAACACCUAUUACAAGCCCCAGUUUAAACAAUUCGUCUAAAAGAAUAAAGGUAGAGAAAGAUUUGGACUUACCACCAGCAACGAUAAUACCUUCUGAAAAUGUUUACUCCCAGUGGCUGGUAGGGUAUGCAGCAUCAAGGCACUUCAUGAAGGAUCCGUUUCUAGGAUUCACAGACUCCCGACAAUCCCCCUUUGCAACUUCUUCUGAACAUUCUUCAGAGAACGGAAGCCUGCGUUUCUCCACGCCGCCAGGUGACAUGCUGGAUGGGGGUCUCUCAGGGCGCAGUGGGACAGCAAGCGGAGGCAGCACUCCCCACAUCAGUGGACCUGGUCCCGGUCGACCCAGUUCAAAGGAAGGGCGGCGGAGUGAUACAUGUGAGUACUGUGGCAAGGUCUUUAAGAACUGCAGCAAUUUAACAGUGCAUCGUCGGAGCCACACUGGAGAGCGGCCUUACAAAUGCGAGCUCUGCAACUAUGCAUGUGCCCAGAGCAGUAAGCUGACGCGCCAUAUGAAAACGCAUGGCCAGAUAGGGAAAGAGGUCUACCGCUGCGACAUUUGCCAGAUGCCCUUCAGUGUUUACAGCACCCUGGAGAAACACAUGAAAAAGUGGCACGGAGAACAUUUGCUGACAAAUGACGUCAAAAUUGAGCAGGCAGAAAGAAGCUAAGGCCCCCAUUAGGUUAAAUCAGGGGUCUAGGUAACAUUUAAUUUGUACAGUUUAACUAUUUGCCAACUGAGAAAAGCUGACCUAACUUGCCUCCAUAAACAUAACUUAGCAUAACUAAGGUAGGUGCCAGACCGUGGCACUUAAAUAUAACCUGUGUCUACAAAGUUCUAUUAAACCCGAGGGUUGAUUAAGGCAGUAAAAAUUGUGGAGCCUUUUAACUGUGCAAUAAUUUCUGUAUUUAUUGGGUUUUUGUAAUUUUUUGGCAUGUGCAGGUACUUUUUUUUAUUCUUUCUGUUUAAAUUUCUUUUAAAAUUUUGUUGGGUAUCCCUUUUUAAUUUUACCCUGUAGUAGCCUGAGAUUACUUGCAUUGUAGGGGAGAAACAUAUCUUUUUAAAUUAUAAUUUUUGGGCCGCUGCUUUGUUGAAAUUUAAGCUAAGCAUGUGUAAUUUCUUGUGAAGAAGCCAACGUUUUAACUGAGCUCUGUCUUUUUUUUCCUUUCCUCUUCUUUUUAAACAACCUUGGAGAUUAGGGAAAAUAAAAUUGUACAGCGAAUAACAAUCUUUAAAAUUAGCACUUUCUUUUGGAAUUGGAUCUGAUAUGUAGCACUGACGAUGUCGCUAAAGAUAGAGGCCUUUUCUAUGUAGAUUUCACCAUUAAAGUUAUGUCAACUUAAAAGACAUGGAUGCAGGGAUUUUCUGAAGGCAGCUACAUAAGAAAACCUAUUAUAUUAAUUGUGCAUUAUUAAGAGAUAGUUUCCUCUGGUUGUUAAGGAUAAACCACCAUUUUGUCACUUGUUCUAGGAUCAGUAAUUAAGAUAUCUGAACGAUCCACCCCCACAGGCUGUAAUAAUACUUUAAAGGUAUCGUAAUAUUCUUUUCAAACCUUGGAUGAAAUAAAUGCCAUCCUUUUUGUUUACCACACAUUCAAAAGUCUAAUUGAGUUCAGGACAUCUGUAAAUAUCUCUUACUUAGCCAAGUAGUCCAUCGCUACUAGAACUGCUGUUGUUAAGGCAACGAUCACAAGAGCGCAGUGGUACUUUCUCAGUCCAAGAAACUAGCGUCUGUCAGGUAUUUGGAUAGUGAAUAUAAAGUAUUAGGAAUAUCUCCUAUAAUGUACAAUAAUAUUAUUGUAAGGAAGGAAGAGAAACAUAUGUCAGCUCUAGUCAGGUUUCCUGCAUUGGCCUGAUUCUGUUCCCCGUGAAGUCAGUGAGCAUUUCCCCAUUGAUUCAGGCAGGAACAGGAUGGAGCCCCACGUAUUAUAGCGAAGAAAAUGCAAAAACAAAAAACCGUACCUGCUCUUUUUUUCCAAUUAUUUUAUGUUUUAGCCUAUUAGGACUAAUAAUAACAAACAGUGGACAAUUAAGGUUAGGUAUUUGAAUUAUGUUGACCCGCACUUUAAAGUUUAUGUUUGUGUUUAAGAGAAAAUGGCUUCUCAACAAGAAAUUACCUCAGAAUCUUCUACUUGGCCCAAAGGUGGGUUAAACUGUAAGGGAACAGCUGAGAUUAAGUGUCAGUGUUGCUAAGCAUGGCAUUCACAAUACUGGCACUAUAAAGAAAAAUAAAAUAAAAAUAAUUUAUUGGACAGUUUUUCUACUGCCAUUCAAUUUGACGUGAGUGCCUUGAAAACUGAUCUUCCUAUUUGAGUCUCUUGAGACAAAUGCAAAACAUUUUUGUGAAAUGAAAAGACUUUUAAAAAAAGUAAAAACAAGAAAAGUACAUUCUUUAGAAAAAAAGAGCCACAUUUACUUAAAAAUUACUGGUUGAAGAUAGUGGACAUGAAAAUGCCAUAAGACCCAAUCAAAUGAAGAUGUAUACCCAGCACAACUUCGGACAUCCAUUAGCUGAAUUAUUCUCAGCCUUUUUUUUUUUUUCAGGACAACGCUGCUUAGGAAACGGAAUGGAAAUGAUUUACUGCUGAAUUAAAACUCAAAUGACACAAAUUACAAGUUGUUAUCAUUGAAUGAGAAAAAACAAUUCAGGAACAACGGCUAAUUUUUUUUUAAAGUUAAAUUUAGUGCACUCUGUCUUAAAAUACGUUUACAGUAUUGAAUACAUACAAGGGUAAAAAAAUUGUGUGUAUGUGUGUUUGAGCAAUCUUUUUUUUUUUUUUUCAAAGUUUGCUUAAUAGGUUAUUAAAAAUGCCAUAAUGGCCAUGUGUAUAUUGUUUUCUUUUGGUGACGGGGUUUUAGUAUAUAUUAUAUAUAUUAAAAUUUCUUGAUUACUGUAAAAGUGGACCAGUAUUUGUAAUAAUGGAGAAUGCCUGGGCAUUUUACAAAACCAGAAAGAAAAAAAAAAAAAACUUUUCUUUUUUCCUUGAAAAUGUUGCAGUAAAAUUUAAAUGGUGGGUCUAUAAAUUUGUUCUUGUCACUGUAACUGUAAAGUCUUGAGUUUUAGUAAAUUUUUUUCUGCCUUGGGUGUUGAAUUUUUAUUUCAAAAAAUGUAUAGAAACUUGUAUUUGGGGAUUAAAAGGUGAUUGCUACACCAUGUAGAAAAAGUAUGUAGAAAAAAGUGCUUAAUAUUGUUAUUGCUUUGCAGAAAAAAAAUCACGUUUCUGACCUGUACCUAUUUUUCUCUUUUUUUCCCCCCCCCCCCUUCUGGAAUGGAUAUUGAUAUUGGUUGAUUCAUAUGAUGUAGGCACUUGCUGUAUUUUUACUGAAGCUUGUAAUUUUUUAACUGUACGCUUGUCCUUUUAAAGGGAUUUAAUGUACCUUUUUGUUAGUGAAUUUGGAAAUAAAAAUAAAAACAAAACAAACAGGCUGCCAUAAUAUAUUUUUUUAAUUUGGCAGGAUAAAAUAUUGCAAAAAUAAAAAAAAAAUUUGUAUGUGAAGUCCUUAUUGUACAGGAAGAAAAGGGGUUGUUAGACGACCUUUGAGUAAAAGAAACAAAACAAAAGAAUUAAGUGCUUUUUAAUUUUCUUUUUUUUUCCAUUUUUUUUUGUUCACAAAUAAUUUUCGUUGUAUAUAUAUAUUUUUUGUCAGAAAUAGCCUACAAAAAAGUGCUGUUCCCACAGGGCUCUAAUAAUUUUGAUGGUGCCUGGACCCUUUGCCUCAAGGCUUUAUCAGGUAUGGUUGAACCAGGCUGGUUGGUUAUUGCCUAUUUAUGUUAAAUGAAAUCCAGUUUCUUUAAAAAUGUUAGAAAUAACAUUCCACAGAUUUCCCCUUCAAGAGAGAGAGAGAGAGAAUGAGAGGAGAUUUCCCCCCAUUGCAAAUGAUAAAAUGUUUAGAGCAUCUUAUAUCAUAUCACCACCUCCCACUCACUUCCCCCAUGAGUCACUGCCCUCUAGAGUAAGGUGAUUUUUCUCUUAAAAAGUGAGAGCAGUUGCAUCCAUUUUGACAAGUAAAGUGAUCUGCUGUUGUACAGUUUUAAUUGGAUUGAAAUAAAAUUGGUCCAGGCACAGCCUUCCUUUCCCCUGUCAGAACAGGACCUAUUCCAUGUACAGGUCUUGCCAGUCCAUGUUAUUAUCUGCUUUGCUGCUGUUCACUCUUAAUUGUACAUUCCAUAAAUUUCUGAAUGUUUGAAGACUGGGAUGAAAUUCUGUACCUUUUGAUUUUUCUCUUUUCAGUUCUCGCCGUCUCUCUCUUUUUGGUUGGAAGGGGAAGGACAAAUAGCAGAAGUGAUAGUCAUAAAAUCAUAGAAAAUUUGGGCUGGAAAGGACCUCCAUAGGUCAUCUAGUCUAGUCUCCUGUGCAAGGCAGAAUCACCUCUCUCUAUCUUGUCCUCAACAAACAUCUGUCUAACCUUUAUGAAAAACUUCCGGUGAUGGAGAUUCCACAACCUCUGUACAUAAUCUGUUCCAGCAUUUAACCACUCUCAGAGUUAAAAAUCUCAUCCUAAUAUUCAGCCUAAAUCUCCCGUAUUGCAAAUUAAGACCACAAUAUCUUGUCCUGACUUCUCUGGACACAGAGAACUGCCAUCCUCUUUAUGACAAUUAUGACAGUCUAUUGAAGGUUUUAAAGUGGUGAAGCAGAAGAAAACGGUUAACGUGGUUUCAGGAAACGAUGGUAAGAAACACCAUGCCAAAUUUUUUCUUCACUUUUGUCUGUGCAAUACUGCUGAAGCCAUUAAGGUGGCAUGUGCGUAGAUGAAAGCAGAAUUUGGUUCAGCUGUUUUGCAAACACCUCCUUGCUUGACUCUACCCUAAGAUUUUUUGGCAAAGGUUUGAGCUCAGGUAUUCUGGUGUAAAUCAGUCAGAAGGGGUUCAUGUGAUUUCCUCCUGAUUUACUCCAGUGUAAUUGAGAUUGGAUUAAGGUCCCUGAAAGGCAUAUUCUACUUCUUAGUGAAAAUUCUAGUCCCUUUUACAUUUGUGUGAAUCUAGAGCAAUUUCAUGGAAUUCACUGAGUAUUCACUGGGGUAAUCAAGAUCAAUUUAACCCUCCGUUUUCAGACCACUUCCUUGAAAGAUAGAGUUCACCUUUCAUUUUAAAGCAAAUUGCUUGGGAGCACCAAUAGCCCUAUUGUUUUUAAUUAACCAGCAGUUAACACCAGCAAUUGUCUAGUCACAUGAUAUAAAUCACUGACAAACUAACAGUAAGUCGCCCAAAAAGCACAAGGAUUGUGUUACUACAGACUAAUGAUGAUGGAAUAACCCCCUUCUUUCUGCUCAGAAGAACAUACUUUAUUAGGCCAUAAGCACAAUGUAACAUAGACAUACAAUUAUGCUGCCAUAUUUAUAUUCCCAAUUCAAAGAAAUAUUAAGUUGAAAUUCCAAUGUGUCAAAUCUGGCUGUCAUUGAAGCCAAAACUCGAACUGGUUUCCAUGGCAGAAAGGCUGGGCCCGUCAUCUCACCCAAGAAAUGGGAAUACUGCUAUUACAGAAGAGGGUCAAAAAUCAGCAUUUCAUCCCAGUCCUGAGUAAAAGACAGUCCAAGGUUUUGUUUAUCACAGGCAAACUCAUUUUUAUGGUGCUCUUUGUAUUUUAGAACUGCAAAGCAAAGUAACGUUGAUUUAAGUUGUUUGCAUUUGUACCGGCAAGGCAAAAUAUUUUUAUUACCUUUUUCUAUUACUUAUUGUAUGAGCUUUUUGUUGUUUACUUGGAGGUUUUGUCUUUUACUACAAGUUUGGAACUAUUUAUUAUUGCUUGGUAUUUGUGCUCUGUUUAAAAAACGAGCACUUUUUUUUUAUUAUGGAUAAAAUGUUGAGAUGGCUGGAGGUCAUUUCAAUAUGGCUUAGUGAAAUAUUUAUUGUUCCUUUUAUUCUCUGUACAAGAUUUUUGGCCUCUUUUUUCCCUUAUUGUCACAAUGUUGAGUUCAGCAUGUGUCUACCAUUUCAUUUGUACGCUCGUUCAAAACAACGUUUGUUCCAGUUUCAAGUUAUAAAAAUAAAUUGGACAUUUGACUUGA